AUGUAAAAUUCAGUUAUAGCUUCAAAUUAAGCAUAAAUUGGAGGAGGAUUAUAGUUUAUGCCAGAUUUUUCAAUUGAUCUAAAACUCUUCUCAAAAAAGAAAGAGGAACAUAGAACUGAAGUAAGAAAAAAUGUGCUUUAAGAUGAUUUUUCUAUGAAGAGACUCUCUUUAAUAAAUGCAUUUUCUGAAUAUGAUAGAGUAUUCGAUGAUUAAAAAGCAAAAAAUGUUGAAGAUAUGGAGACCUUUGAUAAUGAUAAAAAAGAAGAUGAAAUAGGUUAAGUAUAAAGAUAUUUUAUAAUGGAGUGA